AUGGAACAUAUAUCCUUUGCUGUCAAUUCUGAAAAGAAUUCAGCUGGUCAGCAUUCCCAGAUUGAGGAUGUGAUGCCCAGGAUUGGAUACACCAUACUCUCCCUCAUUAUGGCAGUGUUCUCCACAGCUGCAGUCAUUCUUAAUGUUACCGUUAUUGUGGUGACACUUCGUCACAGACAGCUGAGGCAACCUCUGAACUAUGCCCUUGUGAACUUGGCUGUGGCGGACUUAGGGGUGACUGUGACAGGAGGGUGGCUAACAGUUGUGACAAACGCCAUGGGAUAUUUCAGCCUGGGUAGGAUUGGAUGUGUAUUCGAGGGGUUCGCUGUGGCAUUCUUUGGCAUCGCAGCACUGUGCACGGUGGCAGUGAUUGCAGUGGACCGAUUCAUCGUGGUCUGCAAGCCGCUGGGCUCCAUCAUGUUCCAGACAAGGCACGCUGUGGCUGGGGUGGCUCUCUCCUGGGUGUGGUCCUUCAUUUGGAACACGCCGCCUCUAUUCGGCUGGGGGAGCUACCAGCUGGAGGGUGUCGGGACCUCCUGCGCCCCCGACUGGUACAGCAGAGACCCAGGGAACAUCUCCUACAUACUCUGCUACUUUGUCCUGUGCUUUGCCAUCCCAUUCACUGUCAUCGUGAUCUCCUAUUCACGGCUACUGUGGUCACUGAGGCAGGUGGCCAGACUCCAUAUGUCCGAGGGGGGCACCACUGCAAGGGCAGAGGUGCAGGUGGCCCGCAUGGUGAUCGUGAUGGUGCUGGCCUUCCUGCUCACCUGGCUACCCUAUGCUGCCUUCGCUUUGGCAGUCAUCUUGGACCCUGAGCUCCACAUCAAUCCCAUCACUGCUACCAUCCCCAUGUACUUGGCCAAGAGCAGCACUGUCUUCAACCCCAUCAUCUACAUCUUCAUGAACAGACAGUUUCGGGACUGCGCUGUGCCAUUUCUACUUUGUGGAAGAAAUCCGUGGGCUUCGGAACCUGAGGGAUCGGAAGCAGAGACCACCGUUUCUACCGUCAGCAAAAGCGCCAAGGUGUCUCCCUCCUAA